AAUGGGCAAAAAGGAAACAAAAGAUAAGAAGCCAGCACAAUUCAAGUAAUUAUCUUAUUGAUAAUUAUAAUAGAAAGAUUUAUGAAUUGUUAUCCAAAUAUACUUAAGUUAUCAUCGUUGGAUUAGCAAAUGUUGGAUCUAAAUAAGUGUAAGACAUUAGAAGAAUUUUGUCUAAGAGAAAUGCCCUAUUAGUUAUUGGCAAAAAUGUAUUAACAAAUUAGUAUUUUAGACUCUCUUCAAAAAAGUUUUGGCUACUAGAGUAUAAGAAUUACCAAAAGAACAUGAAUAUUAUGAUGAUUUGGUUAAAUUUGGUAGUGCAAUUAAAGAGUUGGAUGCCUUGAAGAACUCAGUUGCAGGCAAAAUUGGAUUCAUCUUCACAGACACACCAGUCUUUGAUCUUAAACCAAUCAUUGAAGAGAAUAAAGUCGAAACCCCAGCUAGAGUUGGUGCCGUUGCUCCAAUUGAUGUUGUUAUUCCCCCAGGCCCAACUGGUAUGGACCCAGCUUCAAUCCAAUUCUUCCAUGCACUCUAAAUCCCAACAAAAAUUGAAAAAGGUCAAAUCUAAAUUACAAAAGACUUUGUCGUCUUAAAAACAGGAUAAAAAGUUGGAUAAUCUUAAGCUGUCUUAUUGUAAAAAUUAGGUAAAAAGCCAUUCUUAUAUGGGUAAUAUUAUAUUCUAAUCAUUUUUAUAGAAUGGAAGUUCUUGCAUGCUAUGACAAUGGAUCUAUUUUGAACAAACAAUAAGUUUCAGUUAACUUGAAUGACAUUGUUGCUAAAUUCUAAUAAAAUGUUAGAAAUGUAUCAGCCAUAUCUUUGGCUAAUGGUAAUUUAUUAUAAUCUAUAAUAAAUUAGGUUGGGUUAAUGAAUCUUCAGCUCCAUAUUUAUUGGCUAAUGCUUUCAAGGAUUUGGCUGCUAUUGGUUUAUAAUCAGGAUUUAUUUUUGAUUAAAUUAAAUAAUCAAGUGCUCCAACAACAUCUGCACCAGUUGCAGCUAAAGUUGAAGCAAAACCAGUUGCUUAAUAAGCCCCAGCCAAAGUUGAAGAACCUGAAGAAGAUGUUGAUAUGGGAGGUUUAUUCGAUUGAUC